ACAGCAGGUCGAUGUCCUGUGGACGGAGAGACAGUCCUGGUUCUUCACAACUUCAUUUGGAUCACAGACAGUCAGAAUGAAGCGUGUUGUUGUGAUUCUGCUGCCGCUCCUGGGCCUGUUGCAUGCUGGGCCGCUGCCCGAUGAGCCCGUCCUCCAGCCCCAGGAGAACUUUGAUGUGAACAGGUUCAUGGGCAAAUGGUAUGAUAUUGCGGUUGCGUCCACGUGCCCGUGGAUGAAGCGUCACAAGACAGACGCAGCCAUCGGCUCUAUGGAGCUGCAGUCCAGCGGCUCGAGCCAGACCAUCAGCAUGACCCGGAUCAGCCGCAGACACGGCAGCUGUAAGUCCAUCAGUGGAGAAUAUCAGCUGAGCAAAACCCCCGGAAGAUUUCAUUACCACAGCACCAAGUGGAAUGCUGAUGUGGACAUCUACGUGCUUCACACAAACUACGACGAGUACGCUCUGGUGGUGAUGUAUAAACAAAAACCAGGCGGGGAAAAAACCACAUCUGUCAAACUCUACGGACGCGCUAUGCAGCUGCGGCCCACUCUCAUCGAAGACUUCAAGACUCUGGUGGCUGAGCAGGGAAUGAGUGAAGACACUAUAGUAAUCAAAAAGAACAAAGGUGAAUGUGUUCCAGGUGAGCAGGUCACACCAGAGCCACAGAUCCAGAGGGCGAGGAGGAAUGUGGUCCUGCAGGCCCCUGAGGAGGGAUCGGGGGACGAAACACACAUGAUCAGAGGACCUGAAGUGUGUAAGUCCCAGCCAGACUCAGGUCCGUGUUUUGGGAGUCUGCAGCGCUACCAUUACAACUCGUCCAUCAUGGCCUGUCAGAUGUUCAACUAUGGAGGCUGCAUGGGGAACCAGAACAACUUUGUGACUGAAAAGGAGUGUCUGCAGAGCUGCCGCACUGACGCUGCCUGCAGGCUGCCCGUAGACGCUGGUCCCUGUAAAGUGUUCUCAGACCUGUGGGCCUUCGACUCGGCCUCGGGGAAGUGUGUGGCCUUCAAAUAUGGAGGCUGCAAGGGCAACGGCAAUAAAUUCUACAGUAAGAAGGAGUGUGAGGAGUACUGCAGCGUUAUGAUGAAAAAUGGAUUUGCAGGAGAUGAGGAGCUUCUCACUGUGAAAUGAGAAUGCUGUGAAUGAAAAUGGAGCGUUGCAACACGGAUCAGUUUUCAACAGGCAUUAACUUCAGCAUUAACACAAUAAAUAAAGACCUGUCUAAUGUA